AUGGAUUUUGUAACUCCCUCUGCUUUUACUUUCCAUCAUCAUAUCACUGAAGAAUCCAAAGGAGUCUACAUUUUAUCUUCAGAUAACAAAUUAAACUGCAAAGACUCAGUUUUACUCAAUGAAAGAAAAGUAAUAAGAACUCCAGAGAAAGUUGCGAAGAAUAGAGGACUGUUAUUGGCCAAAAGAGCAUCAGUGGACCGAGAUGCUGCACAACAAAGCUUUUUAUUAGCUUUAUUUGUGUCACAUGGAUUUGAUAUUAAAUUAAAAAAGCUUUAUAAAAAGGGGAAGACAACCGCACAAGUAUUUGUUGUGGAAGAAAUUAGUCAAAAUGGAGAGUUAAUAUUUUCGGAAUCUGAAUGCGACUCAUCAGAGGAAGACAUGAAAAAGAAACGUCGAAAUCUCGACGCUUUAACAAAUAACAAACUGAUCGAGUUAGCUAACUUUUAUUGCAACACAUCUCUCGAGUUUAAGAAAGGUAAGACUUCUAUCGUCUGUGUCCAGAUGAAGAGAAUUCAAAAACUUGAGAUCAAUGGAAAGUCCUAUGGGUUUCAUGAGAUCGCUAAAAUCGGAAUGCAAAUCAACAAUACUAUCUUACACUUAAUGACUCCAAACGGGUGUGUUCUAUCUCAAAACAAUACUCACUUGCCAAUAUCCUUCUAA